AUGUAUACGGGUGAUAGUGAACAACUCGACAGAGAUCAAUUAACCAAAAUGGCACUUAUUGUUACCACUCCGGUAAUCCUUGGUUAUGAGCCAAAAUUUAUUCUCUGUAUUCAGGAAAAGCUGGAUUUUCUAACGAAAUCUUCUGAUGAAGAGCUCAAGCUACUUCCGAUGGUGCGGUACUGUUUUGUGGAUGAGAUUCACUUACUGCGUGAUCCAGAGAGAGGGCCUUUACUAGAAGCUUUGGUCACCAGGAUAAAAGCCAUCUCUAACCCGCGAUUUGUGUGUGUCUCGGCAACAAUGGCGAAUUCCGAGGAUAGAAAUAGCUUUGGAAGCGAAUUUCGGCCAGGAUUGGUGCAAAAAAUUGUACUAGGUUUCUACAGACAAAAGUCCCAGUCCAUAUUUCAAUUUGACAGCGUGCUGAAUUACAAACUAGCCAGUGUGAUCGCAACUUACUCCGAGAACAAGCCUGUUUUGAUUUUCUGCACAACCAGAAGAGGAACUGUUCAGGUUGCACGUGACCUGACAAAGAACAACCACUUCAAAACAGGGACAAUGUUUGAUGAAAUGAGAUCAUCUUUUGCUGCAAAAAUAAAGGAUUCACAACUGCAAGAUGUCCUUAAAAAUGGUGUUGGAUAUCACCAUGCGGGCCUAGAUGCUGAUGAUCGUCGCGUGGUUGAGCAAGCAUUCAUUUCAGGAUGCCUUCCUAUUCUGGCUUCCACAAGCACCCUUUCGAUGGGAAUGAAUCUACCAGCUCAUUUGGUAAUCAUCAAAAACACGGAACAGCUAAUCAACGGUCAGCUAGUCGGAUACAGUUCAACGCAAAUCUCACAAAUGAUAGGACGUGCUGGCCGUCCACAGUUUGAUUCCAAGGGCAUCGCUGUGGUUAUGACGUCCUCGGAUUUGAAGUUAUCAGAAUACAUGAACACAGAAAUUGCACUUGGCGUGAUAACCAACCUGUCUGAAGCUGUAAACUGGCUAAAAAGCACUUUCUUUUAUACCAGCCAAACUGUCCGGAUUUUUAUGUGCAAGGUACCCACUGGGUUUGUUAUCAAAACAAAUUAUUCAGAUCUCUGUAUGACCGAGAUAAAAAAUCUUCAGAGCCUUGGUUUAGUUGAAUUCAACGGAACAAAAUCAUCAGUGACGACAACAGGUAAAUUGAUGAUGAGGAACAACAUGGAAUUCACCACAAUGCGCAUGAUCUGGGAGUUGAACGGAACGGAAUCCCUGGAAGAGUUGGUUCACUUCGUCGGCUGUUGUCCCGAACUGAGCGACAUCUCUCUGAGAAACAACGAGAAGGUGCAACUGAACAACCUUAACAGAGCAAGAGGACGUCACGCGUUA